AUGAUGGAGGUGCACAACGCUCUCGGCCUCAACUACGAAGUCAGCGACCCAGACUACUACCGCAAAGUACUCAUCAAGAUGUACUGGGACGACUCGGAGACUCCCAACGUCCUGGCCCUUAUUGGCGAUUUCUUCUGCCUGGGCUACUCCAUGGCCGCCAACUGCCAGUCUCUCCCCUUCACCGUGCCCGUCAAGCCGUCCGAGGAGAAGAAUUUUGGCGUCGCAGCGGCUUUCAACUGCUACCUGCCCAUGCCCUUCAACAAGCGCGCUCGCAUCGAGAUUGAGAACCACAUGGGUCAAUCCCCGGCGAAGAGUCGCAACAUCUUGAUGAGAAGCGCGUCUUUAUCUGACCCUAUUGCGUUAGCUCGCGACUCGCACGGGUUCACACCUGCCCUCGCUGAGAUUUUGCCCGUCAACGAAUUCUGGCCCCAGCAGAUGGUCUUUGGCGACAUACAAGAGGCAUUCUGGCGGUGGCACAUUUCCUCUGCGCUAUCAGGUCAGCGCGAUCAUACUCGAACCAUCAACAUGCACUACAUUCGCUGCCUUCGACCGCCCAAAAUGUCCAAAGUCGGCAAGAUACAUCAGUUCGAGCUGCUCUUUGUGAUCUCGACCGACCUAGGUGACUCACUUCUCGUCCCGGACGAGCCACUGGAGAUCAAUGUUCGAGCUGCACUGCCCACAGCCUCCAAAACCAUCACGGUGCCGCUCACCAAGAAUGGCCAAUUAUUCUGGAAGCCCGGCCAGAGGGUCCUCAAGCAAGGCUUCAGCUCCAUGAUAGUAUCCGCGGCCAUUGACUGCGGGAGGGCGGUGGAAAUUUGUAUCAGUGUUGCCGAUGAGCUUUCCGCUAGAUCCGCUCAAGACGUCCUUGAUCCGGGGAAGAAGACUGGUCUUGUCAUGCCGCUGUUCCUCACACUUGAUGGUAACAUGGAUGGUCAAGAGGUCUCUGUGCGCAAGAUCAUCUUGGGUGAGGAUCCUCGUGCACCAUGGCUACAGAUUGUUGAAGAUCUCGGGGAGCCCAAAAGCUUGGCCCGGCACGUCUGGGACGGUGGGGUCGUUGCCGUGUGUGGUUUGGCUGAAACGACACAGAAGACCAUGACGGGACCAAGUCAAGGAGAAUGUUUGAUAGCGAUCAAGGAUGUGCUGACAUCUCCCAAGCCGCUCAACAUCCUCGAACUCGGCUGCGGCGUUGGGCUCCUGGGGCUCGGGUUCGCUGCAGCGUCGGCCCAGAUCAGGUUUUCCACCGAACAUGAGCGCACUGUCUUGAUGACCGACCUACAAGAUGCCGAAGAACAAGUGCGAGCCAACAUCCAUCGUGCGUCUACAGAACCGGGCAUGAGCCUCGAUUUCGAGAGUCUGGAUUGGGAGCAAGGGCGCCAGGGUCACUUUGGAUCUGCCGUCAAGGCUCGGUACUGGGAUCUCAUCAUGUUCAGCGACUGCACUUACAAUGUCGACGUGCUACCUGCCUUGGUUGGGACGUUAUCUACAUUGCACGAAAUGAACGCCGCACAUCCUGGCAAAGGACCCACGAGGUUGUUCAUGGCAACCAAGCCGCGCCAUUCCUCAGAAAAUGAAGUUUUCGCGCUUUUGGCAAAGAAUGGCUGGGUGAAGCGAGUGAAGCAGGUUGUGCGACUUCCAGUCAUGGGAGCCGAUGAUCAACGUGUCGAGCUGUACUCUUUCGAGAAGUCGUGA